AUGGACGUGAAUAAAAAUGAAGAAAAAAACAUGAUGAACAUGGACGGGCUGCAGGUGGAGGCUUCCUCCAAAGAGGAGGCGAUUCGGGUGUGCACCCGUAUAAGACCCCUAUUCGAAAAGGAAAUCAACAGUGGCCACUUGAAAGCAUGGAAAAUGAACGAAACAGACAUGCAGCUAGUUGUCGAACCGCUCUCUCUUACCGAGAUGAUCAACGCGAGGGUUCAGAAGAAGGGGAACAAAGUGGAGUUCAAGAAAAAUGUGGAAAAGUCCGAGGGGCAAAAGGCGGUCAUACAGCGAUACUACGCGUUCGAUCGAUGCUUCGACGAAAACGUUGGCAAUGAGGAAGUGUACAAGCACCUAGCGAGGGAUAUCGUUCUGGACACAUUUAAAGGGAUAAACGGGUGUAUCCUGGCUUACGGGCAGACGGGGUCAGGAAAGACCCACAGUGUGAUGGGGGUACCCACGGAUCCAGGCAUGCUGCCAAGAUCGUUGGCGGAAUUCUUCAACGGUAUCGAAAACCCAUCCUCUCUAAAUGAAGAUAAUAGUGACAGUAGCAAUAUGGAUGAAGAAUCGAAUAACAACACGAAAGAAUUUCUGAUGAGCGUAACCUACCUGGAAGUGUACAUGGAGAGGGUGAACGAUUUAUUACAAGAAGGAUACAGAGGAGGGGCAACUGAGAAUUUGGAUGUGAAGGAAGACCCCAAGAGGGGCUUCGUUGUGAUAGGAGUACAAGAAGAAACAGUAACGUCAAUAGAUGAAGUAAUGCUUCUAGUUGCUAAGGCUGAACAGAGAAGACACAUUUCUCAGACCAAUUUUAACGAAACAUCUUCCAGAUCGCACACAAUUUUUACGGUCAUAUUGGAAUCUAAUCAGGUUCUAAGUGAUGGCACAUCCAUUAACAAAAGGGGGGAAUUAAAGAUAGUAGAUUUGGCAGGAAAUGAAAGAGCAGGAAGAGCAGCCGAAGGGAUAGAAAAUGCGAAGACUUUGAUAGAGGAGGGAAAAGCUAUAAAUAAAAGUUUGUUCGUUUUAAGUGAAGUCAUUUCCAAGUUAUCCAAGAGAGCUCAAGCAAUAGCAGCAGGAGAUGAAAAAAAAAUAAAAAAAAUUCAAGAAGAUUUAGUUUUCAUACCAUGGAGAGAUUCCAAAUUAACAAGAAUUUUGAGUAAAAGUUUGGGAGGCAAUUGUCGUGCAUCUGUAAUUGUGGCUGUACAUCCGUCUCAUUUUUAUCUAGACACUUCCUUCUCUACCCUCCGUUUCGCAUUAAAGUGUAAGACAAUCAAGAAAAAAAUUCAAGUGAAUUACCUCUCAGCGGAGCAGUCAGUUAUUAUGCAGCAGAAGGAGUUGAUAGCCAAGCUGCAGAAUCAGCUGAAGAAUCUAGCAACCACCAAAAAUGUAGACAACCAUAUCAUAGGGGGGGAGAAGAACAAUGUAAGUGCUAGAAAUCCAGAAGAUGAUGAAAAAAUAUUAGCCUUAAAACACGAACUGGAAGAAAAAGUGAAGAAAUUCCAAAAUUUUAUUUUGAAGUCUGAACUUCAUGUUCAUCCAAAUAACUACAGAACCUUGAGGUCUAUGGAUGGCAACACGGAGAAGUCGCUAAAGCAUUCAAUGACAAUAAAUAACAAUAUAAAAAAUGAAUACACAUGGUUGAGAUCCUUUGAUACUCAUGAAUACGACUCCAAGUGGGAUGGAAUGGAUAAGUAUGAAGACCAGAAUGAUCAAGAAAAUAUUAAUAUCUCUAAAGCUAUGGACUACCUGAAGAAUAAACCUCCAUAUAAAUUAAAUUCUUCCGAAAUGAGUGAGGACGCUAUGUCCAAUGAGUCCCUGAAGGACGACUUAAUUUCUCUCGAUUAUUAUAAUGAACUGGAGGAGCUAGAACGACUGGAAAAGAACGAGCUAAGUAGAAGGAAGAGGAGGGACAAGGGGGAUGUCGCCCCGGGUAAUACUUCCGCCAAUAGGGUGUAUGGAGAGCUCAGCAAGUUAAGCACCAUGGAAUAUUCGAACCUGGUGGAUGAACAGGACAAGGGGGAGAUUGCCAAGGGGAAGAAGGCCAAAAAGAAGAAGGGGAAAAAAACGAACAAUGCUGAUACUAUUAAUAGGGAGGGAGGAGAGUCAGGUAAGGGGAAGGAGAAAGUUAAGUCAAAGGGUAGGGGAAACAAAGUUGGGACGAGCCACCUGAGGAAGAAAAAAACAGUCAAUGAUGGGAAGUUUAAAAGGGGGUCCUUUGGAAAAGCGGCUGGGGUGGAAAAGGGGGGAAGCGAAGAAAAUGGCAGAAGCGAGGGGAGUGAACUCUCUGAGGGGAGCGAUGUGGACGACAGGGUCGAGGAAAAUAAGCAGAUUAGGCACGAUUCAAACCGAAGGGCCAAGCUGGAGGACAAGGAUGUACUUGAGAGGGAGACCAAGUGGGAGGGCGGAGCCGAUCUGGUAAGACACACGUCCUCCGUAAGCUUCGCCCAACCGAAGGAGAAAGACGAAAACGAGAAAAGAACGUCCAUCAUUUCCAACUUGAAGGAAAAAAUUGAAGAAGACUUGAAGAAGAAAAAAAAAAUCAUCAGCAGAAAUGUCGAGCUGAACAAGCAAAUAAAAUUUAUUAUGAAGCUCAUGCAGAAGGUUGGGCUGUCUACCAUUCUAACAGGCACCGUACCUCCUGGAAGGAACAUUGAAAAUGUGUUACAGCUGCAAGAAAAUUUGAGAGACGAUUUGAAGUUAUGCGACAGGAAGAAAUUUGUGGAGUUGAUCAGUGGGGACAAGGACAAUUCGACUGCAAGGGGACGCCAUUUAAACGAAAGCACCGCAGAAAUGGUGGAAGAAGAACUACUAAGUGGACCAUUCGACGAUAAUGAACAUGAAGCAGAGUACAAUGAAUCCAUAUCACACGUUUUCAUAAAUGAAAUGUUUUUCUCCUUUGUCUUGCGAAUUCAACAGAGGGAUGACCCCAAUGGGGAAGGAUUAAAAAGUGUAGAGGAGAUACUAAAGGGUGAAGAAAAGCCAUUUGAUGUGUCGAAAAAGGCUCUGGAAGACAUCCUCGGAAGCGCCAUCGCAAAUAAGGUAGAUGAACAUGAGGAGGGGAACCCAAUAAAAAAUAUAAAAGAUGAAAAGAAUAGCAAAACAAUUGAUUCCAUUUUGAGCAUGCUUACACCAUGGGAACAGAAAAUAUUGGCACUACUCUAUGAACAACAGAAAAUGAGACAAACUGUCCACAAGAUGAAGGAGAAAUUUUCACAACGAAUUCAAAAUAUUAAUAUUUUCAUUAAAAAAAUAUUAACGGAUAAGGUAGAAGUGGAGAAACAUUUCAAUCGAAUUAUUAAAGCAACAGAGAAUUACAAAAAUGAUCUUCUCAAAACGGCGGAUGUAGAUUCUAAUUUCAAGUUUGCAGGGAUGAUGAAAAAGCUAGAAGAAUUGUCUAUAUCGCUUGCAGAAAAAACCAGGGAUUUCAAAGUUUUGGCUGAAUUCCAUCUAAACUUGAGGAAGCAAAUGGAGAAGAAGGAUUUGCUAAUUAAGCAGCUGAGGGAAGAGAAUAAGCUUUUUUAUCUGGUCCCAAAGUAUAAUGACCUCUUACAAGAGUUAAGUGCGCAGGAUGAACAAACCAGUGAAGCAGGCAAGGAACUGAAGAAGGAAUUCCUUCUCAUGUAUGGACGACUAAUGCUCUCCAGAAAGAGGCUACAAGAAAAGGAAGUAAUCGAAAAUGACAUGCGAAAUUUGAAUAAAAAAAUUUACACCGAGUUGGUCGAGUCUAUAGCAAUCAUCAAAAAUCUGGAGUCGCAAAACAGGUUCUUAGAAUUUAAGUUAAAUAUGGAGAAUAAGAAAAAGGGGGAGAAGGUGAAGAAGCUGAUGAGGGAAAAGGAGAUGCUCAAUAAGAUUGUAGGCGAGAUGGAGAAAAUGCUCGAGGAUGUUAACAUCGAUGCGAGUGAGGUGAAGAAUGAAAUUAUGGCUAGCUACAACAAUGGAAACCUCUCUAUGGGCGACGUGCAAAGUGAAGAGGAGGGGGAACAGCGCGAGAGGAGGAAGGACUCAGGGACCAAAAGGAAGAAACGGAAGGACAAGGAAAAGGGAAAGGAAAAGAAAAUGAAAAAGGGAACGGAACAUGGAAGCAAGAAAGGAGGCAGAAUUCCUUGCACAGUUGACGCCAACGAGCUCGCCUCAAAUGAAACCCAAAACGAUGCCGAAAGGGACUCGAAAAAAAAAAACAUGCUUCGGGAAAUUGCACCCCAGGAAAUGGCGCCCAAGGGCAAAGACCCCUCGAAGAAGAAACAAAAAAAAGAAGCAACUGUUAAGCGAGCCUAUUCCGCAGAAAAAAUCAUCAAAAAAUAUGUUAGCAGAGUAGACACUAAUUUGUCCUUCAAGAGAGCUGCCGUGAAAAAGGGGACCUCUCGGGAUAGAGGCGGUUUAAGAGGUGUAAGUCGCUUGCGUGAAAGUGGGAAAGACAACCUACUGGAAAAGAACAUUCAACUCGAAAUUAAUAAAAAAAAUGUGAACAAAAAUAAAAAAAAAGUAGGCAACGACUUGGCGGAUGCAGGUACGUUUGAGAAUCUUAAGUACAAAAAUAGCAUUGCCAAAAAAAUGGGGAAGAAAAAGAUACAAAAUAGUGAUUUGGAAGAUGUGAAAUCAUUGGGCGACUUAAACCUAAGCAACAGCGUGCAAAGGAAGAAGAAGAAGAAAAAAAAAGUUGUUAAGGGGAAAAGAAGAAACCUGUUAAAAUACUUAAACAGAGGGGCCAGCAUUGGGGGCAGAGAAAAUAUCGAAACGGUGCUCUCCGACGAAAAUGAAUUUCAGGACUACAAAAAUGGUGGCUCAACGACGGACUGCGAAGCGAACGAAAUGCGCAAUAUACUAAACCAGGAAAUUGAGAAGAAAAAGAAAAUAAGCAAGUGA